AUGACCGAGCUGCUGCUGAACAUGUCGCUGGAUCAGAUCGGCAGCCGUGGCGGGGGUGGUGGUGGCUUCAGAGGAGGGGCGCGCGUGAGGGAGGGCGGAGGGAUGAGGAGCGAGGUCGUUUCUCGGCCGCAGUCCCAGGUCUCGCGGCCGCAGUCUUCUGUGGCCGGCAAUUUCGCUGCCCGCGCUCUUUCUUCUGGUUCAGGCCCGAUGCGUCGGCAGGGGAUUUCCCGUGUCGCGAGAGAGACGGCGGCGCCUUACCAACGACCCACGCGCCCUGCGGACGGCGUGCAUUCUCGCCUUGGCGACCCGGUGGUGGCUGGCACCCGCGUCCACGUAGGCGGGCUGAACUUCGACGUCAUGGACGAAGACAUCAAGGAGCUUUUUGCCGGCGUUGGAGACCUGCUGCACUGCAAGAUCGAUUUCGACCGUACCGGUCGCUCCAACGGGAAUGCCUUGGUGAUCUUCAAGAGGAGAGAGGACGCAGAAAACGCGGUCUCCCAGUUCCACAAGCGGACUCUUGACGGCACGCCCAUGAUCGUGGAGAUCGUGGAGGGAGGGGGGGCUACGGAAUCCGCUCGAGGCGGUGUGCGGGGAAGGGGCGGCGGCGGCGGCGGCGGCGCCCCGACGUGGAGAGAACCCCCUACGAGCACCGGAGCAGGGUACCAGAACGGUCGCGGGAACGGUGCGGGUAACGGCGUCGGAGGAGGAGCUCACCGUGGCAACAACGCUUCGGGUUCCGCCGCCGCCGCCGCCGCGCCGUCCCGCAUGCCCCAGUCUCGCAUCACGAUGACGGGACCAGUGGCGUCGCGCCUUCAGUACCAGCAGCCCCCCCAAGCCGCGAUCCCCAAUGUCCGCGCCGGUCUGUUCGGCACUUCUCUGGAUGACGUGGAUGGCCACCACGCGGAUAUGGACGAGGACGUUCCUGGUAGGGACCUGGACGACUACGUCCACCCGGGGAUGAAUGGGUUUGGUAGUGGCGGCGGCGGCGGCGGCCGGGGGCGCGGCGGUGGCGGCGGCGGCGGAAGGGGCGGCGGUGGCGAAGACGCUGUCUUCUUCAAUGUGACCCUCCACGGCAAGACGGGCGGAGGAGGAGGAGGAGGACGAGGGUUUGGUGGCGGCGGUGGCGGUGGCGGCGGCGGCGGCGGCGGUACUGGUACCUUCCGCAAGAACGGCAACAGUUCCGGCGGUGGAGGAGGUGGCGGCAACUCAUUCCUUUCUCGUACCACCGGUGGAAGGAGCGGGGGCGGCGGUGGAGGCGGGGGCGGGGGCGGAGGAGGAGGUGGAGGGUUCCGGAGCGGCGGGGGUGGGGGCGGCGGUGGCAGCGGCAGUAGCCGGGGAGGUGGUGGGGGCGGCAGCGGGGGCGGCGGAAAGGGUAACCGUGGAAGAAACAAAGGCAGGGGAGGCAAGGGAGGUGGAGGAGGAGGAGGAGGCGGAGGAGAUGCCGUGUCGACAAUGGAUUUGGACGCUCAGUUGGAGGCGCACAUGGCCAAACGGUAGAUCUCUGACACAUGGGGUUGGUUGGUAAGUCGCAAGGUGACUUUUGUUUUUGUUGUUGACGGUGUUUUGGCGUUUGGUAAGUCUUUGUUCAAAACGGGGGGGUCGUAGGAUGAGGGGGGUAGAGGGGGGAGAUGGCGUCACUCUCUGAAUCACGCGUGAUCGUACAUAAGUUUGCACGUAUUUCCGUUGACGCCUUCCUUUACCCUAGCACCCCCGCCCAUCUGGGAGAAAGACACACCACGGCCGGCGGGUUGUCGGCGACUGGGAAGACAUGCAGGCGUUUCUUGCGUGCGGAAAGCGUGGGUGUGGAGGGAGGCGACCUUGUCCCGAGGUAUUUGUGGCUAGGGUAGUCGCAGGAACAGGGGAUGUGUCAUUCAAGGCGUGGGUAGUGUGUGCGUGUCUUCGGUGUAGUUGCAUGGCCGCCCGUCGCAGCCGGGAAAGAGCAAUAUACGAAAGUCUCCGUGGCGGCCUUGCAAAUGGCUGGAGGCAUUUUUGUCUUUGGGAUGGCAGAGGGUGGUCCACACUGGAGGUUCGAGGGCGGAUUUGCGCCAUGUUGUGUGCCCUUGUUCACAUUCUCGUCGGUGGGCCCCCCGGGGGGGGGAGGGGGGGGGUCGUUUUCGUCGAAAGGCCCUUCAUCGUCGUUUGGUGGGGGGCAACACAAGCAUGUUAAUUGAAAAGGUUGCCUAUUCGCAUCGAUGCAAGGUGCAUUUUGGUAGUGCCACAUCAUAUACUUGUUUUGUCGUUCGUGUUGUUCAUUUUUUUUGUUUCUCCCACGUAUCUUUUGUUUUUGGCAACAGACAAAACUAUUUUGGAAAGUCGAAAUGAUCAUCAACAUGUUUCA